CCACAGAACAUGCUCGAACAUUUUUUUAUCCGUCGUGGCGCGUCUUAUCGCCUAAUCGUUCCUUAUCAAACGUUGAUCGUAGCAAUUCGCAGUUUUUCUCAAUUCACAGUAGCGCACCACCUACAGCCAUUAUUUCGUCUUCCGUCGGUCACAGAGGCUUAGACUUUUUUUUUUCACUCGCCCCUCGUCCCUAGCCGCCGAACGAACCGAUCCACCGACGCUAUGUGGAGUCCCACGCACGUACAGGUCACAGUUCAGAGGACCCGGGGCUUAAACUUCAAGAACAAAAACGCCAAAAAUGAUCUAUUUGUUACCAUUGGUUUGGGGAAAGAAAAAUAUCAAACAUCGCCAAAAGAAAAAGCAAUUGAUACAGAUUUAACAGAAUGGCAUGAAGUUUGUGAAUUACAAAUUCCUAAACAAGGAAAUACUGCUGAAUUAGUAUUAAGUGUACUACAUCGAAAUUUUUUGGGACUUGACCAAUUUUUGGGUCAGACUACGAUACCUUUGGCUGAUAUUGAUGUUUACGAACGUCCAAAAAGCAAAUGGUAUCCUUUAAAAAGCAAAAAUGGACAAGAAAACAAAGAACGUGGUGAGUUGCAAGUCAAAAUAGCGUUCACAGUUAAAUCUGGAAGUCUGCGGGAUCUUAGCAAGAAAGAAAAACACAGAUUAUCCGUAGGACAAUUAUCUCACACAGCUUCUAAUAUAAGCGGUAGUUUGAUGAGCAUUAGUAGUGUUGAUAAAAAAUCCUUCAAGAAGCUUGCCAAGACAAUAACGGGAAAAAUUAAAAGAGAAAAAAAAAUUCAAGAAAUAUCAUCCUCCAGUAUUAAUUUAAGUGUAGAAAAUCCAAACAAAGUAAACUCUUCACAAGCAGGAUAUGAUGCCGAUCCAGGUGUUAUUAGUGAUGAUGAUGAUUUUGCACUUGAAGAUUUAUCGCACAAGGGGUCAGCUUGCUCUUUAGAGACAUCUGGUCAAUCCGAUCGCAAAGGAGUAAAUAGUUCACCUAUAAGCGGGUUAACAUUACAUAUGCAUGGAUCAGUUGAAAGUGUUAGUAACUCAGAUACAAUGAACAAAUCUCCAGUUAUGAAUCGUUCACCAGUUUCUCAGACACAAGAUGAAUGGCAAAGAAAACUGUACAAAAACAAGGAUAAUAAUACAUUAAAACUUUCUGACACUCUCAAGACAAAAUUGAAAGAUGCUGUAGAUGUGCCAAUCAAUCAUGAUAGAACUAAAGAUAAAAGUCCAACGCCAUCUCUCAAAAAUAGUCCUAAAGUUCAAAAGAAGCAUCUAAUUUCACCACUUGAUGACCGUUCUUUUAACAAUAAAGAAUCCAACCAUGAAAAUGACACAUUACCAAAAAGCAAGUCGGCGUUGUCCUCGUGGAACAAAGCAUAUGAGCGCAUCAUCAUCGGCAAGGAAAAAGAUUCCAAAGAUUCCAGUAACCAUCAAAAUUCGCAUUCUAAACACUCAUCAGAAGUGCUUCAAAAGUUUGAUGGCAAAUCCAGAGAUGACUUGAUUGAAAUGGUGAUUCAGUUGCAAACCAGUUUGCGCGAUGAGAGCAAACAGAGAACUGAACUAGAAGAGUACUUGGACAAGCUGCUGCUGCGUGUCAUGGAAACUUCACCAAAAAUCUUACAAACGCCUUACAUUUGUUACAAGCGCAGAGUAUAGUAUUAUUAUUUUACCAAACAAUAGGGACCGAAAAUGUAUUAUUUUAUUAAAAAAUUAUAAUAAUUUUUUUUCAACAUAAAUAAGAUAAUAGCUUGACUCGCCAAUUAGGUGGUGGUACGCCCGACUGUAUUAUUAAUGGCCAACCUUUAUAAUAUAUUUUUUCAACCAUUACAAAUAGUAGAAUUGUUAACAUUUCUUGUUGAAUUAACACAUGUAUAUUUUUAUACUUAACACCAAAUAUGUAAUAUUUUUUUUUAACUGUAUUUUGUUGUUUCUGGAAUUUACAGCAUCAAAAGUCAAAACGAUGUAGCCAUUUAAAUGUAUAUCACGGUUAUUAUGUUAUUUUUCUAUCCUUGUUCGAUUAAUUGUUUGAUUAUUUCACAGUUUGCUUGUUAUUUUUAUUAGACAAAUUACUAUUAUACAUACAUAGUAUA